ACACAGAAUACUGAGGAGGAAAGUGGGCUGGUCUCCAAUUUUGGAGAUUUCGCUUCAAAAUGGGGUUUGAAACAUGUGGUCCGAACGAAGUGAUGGUUGUUUCGGGAUGCUGCCAUUCCAGGUCCCUGUUUAUCCCUGGUGGGCGUGUCUUUGUAUGGCCUGUUAUACAACACUUACAAAGACUGACCUUAAACACCAUGGAUAUCCAGGUAGAUAGUUCCAAUGUAUACACACAGCUCGGUGUAGCUAUUUCUGUGACAGGAAUCGCACAGGUAAAAAUUCAGGGCUCCAGUAAAGACAUGUUGGAGUCUGCCUGCGAACUUUUCUUGGGAAAGCCAGAAUCUGAGAUCCGUAAGGUGGCUCAGGAAACCCUAGAAGGUCACCAGAGAGCUAUUAUGGGAAAUAUGACUGUAGAGGAAAUCUACAAGGACCGUAAGAAGUUCUCCAAAGCUGUGUUCGAGGUAGCUUCCUCUGACCUGGUCAACAUGGGAAUCUGUGUCGUGAGUUACACACUAAAGGACAUUCGUGACGAUGAGGGCUACCUAAGGUCAUUGGGUAUGAAGCGUACGUCUGAGGUAAAACGUGACGCCAGAAUUGGAGAGGCAGAAGCGAGGAGAGAUGCUGGUAUUAAGGAAGCUAUGGCUGAGGAGCGCAGAAUGGCUGCCAGAUACGCAAACGAUGUUGAGAUUGCUAAGGCCAAACGUGACUUUGAGCUGAAGCAGGCUGCCUACAACAUGGAGAUUCAGACCACCAAGGCCCAGUCUGAUCUUGCUUAUGACUUACAGGCUGCUAAGACAAAGCAGAGAAUCAAGAACGAACAGAUGCAGGUCAAAGUUGUGGAGAGGACCCAACAGAUUCAGCUGCAGGACCAGGAAAUCUUGCGUCGUGAACGUGAACUUGAGGCCCAGGUACGCAAACCUGCUGAGGCCGAGAGGUACAGACUGGAGAAAAUCGCUGAGGCUGACAGGAUCAAGAUCACCCUCGAGGCUGAGGCAGAGGCUGAAUCAAUCAGGGUGAAGGGUGAGGCUGAAGCUUUCGCUAUUGAAGCCCGUGCCAAGGCUGAGGCAGAACAGAUGGCCAAGAAGGCUGAUGCCUGGAAGGACUACCAGGACUCUGCCAUGAUUGACAUGAUCCUGGAGACUAUGCCCAAGCUUGCUGCUGAAGUAGCCGCUCCUCUAACCAACACCAAGAAGGUGACAAUGGUUUCCAGCGGUAAGGGAGAUAUUGGUGCCUCUAAGCUGACUGGAGAGGUUCUUACCAUCAUGGAGAAACUUCCAUUGGUAGUGGAGAAUUUGACUGGCAUCAGUAUCUCAAAGAACAUCAAAGCUGCAACCCGUCGAUAGAUGGAGGAUGACUUCCCCACGUUUUGCUUUAGUAACAUUAAUCAACUAGAGAUGUGCGGGUCCUAAUGUUCAUGAGACACAGGUCUCUGUACACGUACUCAAACAAAUGACUGAUGUGCAAGUUAUCACAUGUGCAUCUCUGUACAUAUGUAGAUUUUAUAUCUGUGAAGUCAAAACAAAACUUACAUUUCUUUAAUCCUGUCAGCUGCGAUUGUGUUGUCCAUGGUAACGUUGUAUACUAGUUACGGUAAUGCCGUCAGUAAAUAUGUUAUACACAGGUAAGUGACAGCUCAUUAAGAACAGGUAGCAAGCAGUACAUAAUUAUAAUUUGAUUGACAGAAAUGAUUAAACACAUGAGUGUUGCCAUGGACACUUGUGUAAGUACUGAGUGUUUCAACUCGCGUGUUUCCUCGCAGGUACAUGUGAUUUUUAGAAAGACAUGCAACGUGCUCAAAAGUUUAACAACUAUAGUGUUUUGUUAAAGAUAUAUACAACUGACCCCUGAUUGUAAUGCAUACCCUAAUUCAUCUCCAUUUAGGAUCCUCAUCAAUUCAUCAGAUAAACGUGCUGUUUUAAACUGCUUGUAGCCUGUCUGAUGAGUACGUUGCCUACAUUCUCCCUUUUGUGUAUCCAUCGUUACCGCCGGCAGUUAUUUGUGUUACACAUGGACAGCCAAUCGUAUAGAACGGUAGCUAUUUAUGUGUAUAACUGUGGCCCAAUACUCAUAUCACCUUAAUCAGGAUCUUGACGGGUGUACCCAAGCAAUGUGUAGAUCUGCAAUCAUAGAGAGACUUAAUCCACUUGCAAAAAUAUCUGUUAUCCUACAUGCCUAAUUCAGCUAUCAAAUUUGAUUACCUAUUUCCGUUUAUAUAUAACUAUACUUCUUGUCCGUCUUAUUACCCAGUUAUUUAAGCAGUGUUGAAGCUGUUGAUCUGAUCAGCAGUGGUUUUGAGCUUUGUUGUUUUCUACAACAGCAUUGGUAGGACGAGUAACAGACCACUGAAUCUUUCGCAGUUUUAAAAUGUUUUGAGUGAAGAAAAUGAAAACAUUAAAAGAAAGUGUAUCACCGUUAUUGUUUGCCGGGAAAUUCUAUUGAGUAUUUGUUCUGAGCAAUAGAAGUCAUGUUCGAGACUACCCAAGCUGUUCAUAAAUCAUUUCUGCUACACAGAUUUACACGUUUAUUGUUAAUAUGGUCAAAAUGGAUUUGUUUUAUUCUUUUUUUUUCAAGAUUGCAGUUAUGACAGAAUUUAAAUUGUGUCUUAAAGAGCUGAGUCCGUGGAGAUGAGUUGAAAUCAUCACACUCGAGCCAUUCCUUUUUAAAAGACAUAACAGUAUGAAUGUAUGUUUUGAUACUGGACAUUCAGUACUUAUCUCAUGAAUAUGAUUUUAAUUUACAACAUAACAAACUAUUUACUCAAGUGGAACCAUCUUGUGUUACUGAUAUAGAUCAUACUUAUUUAAAAUAAUAUUUAGCAUAAUAAGGAGUCAAGUAAGAGACUACUGGACAGGGGAAAAAAAUUCAUUUUGACCAUAGAAGCAUAUCAGGUGUAGAGAUUUGCCCGUGGAUUUCGUCUCACUAGCCACUCAAUCAGGGGUCAUUUGAAUAUGUGAUCAUUCAUCUAUGGAAUUAAAUAAAUUGCUUUUUCACUCCUUGAUCAAUUAAUUCUCCUUGCAUAUCUUGUUUUAAGUGUAUUUAGCAAUUUAUUCAGUAUUUAUUAAGUUUACUUCAGUUCAAAAUAUCCAAAUGGUCAAUUUCGGAAAUAUUCCCAAUUAAUAUUAUAAAGAUGUAUUAUUGUAGAUAAAAGUCUUGUACAAAACGCAAUACUUAAGAUAUACCUUUUAUCAUUUUAAUCCCCAUCAUUUUACCUCAUCGUGAGAUUGUUGUUUUCUUUGUAGAUUGUGGUAUAUAGUAUAUAUGUAGGCCUUUUGACUUCCACAAGCCUCUGAAGACGGAGAUAGGAGAGGGUUGUGUAAGGCAGAAGGAAUUGUUUUUAACUUUGUGCCCUAUUGACUGUUAAAACUAAGAGAUUUUGAAAGGAUUGUUACAAAUACACCCUAGCUAUUAUUACCCAGUACAUUAGAAAGAUUUAGAAAAUAAUGAUUAAGUGAAAGAUUGCUUUAGAAAUCUUAACAUUUGAAAUAGCCAGUUUUCACAAUUCAUCCAAAAAUAGUCUUUUAUUAUGAUAAGUAUCCUACUUCUGGAAGAAAGCUUACAGACAGUGUGUUGGUGUAGGAAGGAUUGGCUGUGUUUAAGGAUGGUAUGUUUAUUCUCUCUCAGGGUCACUUCUUAUUAAACUUAUAAUUUGUAGGGCAUUUUGUAACAAUGUUAACGGUCAUGUAGUACUGAAUAAUCAACAAAGGCUGAUCUAUGCCUUUCAGUUUCCCGAUUUUAGAUUUUCACCAUAUUCAUCCAACAUUUUUAUUUGCAAAAGCAAGUUUGCCUCUAGUGAAAGAUUUUUAGCAAUCAUCAGAAACACUCCAUUUGAAAGACCAUGAAACUGCACCUGGUUAUUGUUAAAUAUUUUGUUUGAGAUCAUUAUUGAAUGCUGAUGACUAAAGUCAAUGCUUCAAUCCAAAUUGGACCAUUCUACUGAUGAUGAGGCCUUAAUUCUUUAAAACACUUGUGAUCUCGAGUGAUAUGAAACAGUAUCUCUUCAGCUAUAACAUGUCCACUGACUUGUUGCAUGUUUGUGAUGUUGUAGUUAUCUUAAUCAUAUCUUUGUAUCAACUACCAUUUGUAAUCUUUGGAAUAUAAUAAAAAAAAAAUGUUGUA